AUGGUAGCCUUGUGCAAGGAAACUACUGGUCAUCAAGAAAUUGCAAGUUUGUUGUUUAAUGCAAUGGACAACGAGAAAGAGUGUCUCAGCUAUGUACAGUUGUCAACAGCAAUGUUCGAUGCAGCAAAAUCAGGAAACAUAAUGAUAUUAGAGUUUCUUUUGAAGGACCAUCCAGAUUUGCUAUUUGAAGUGGAUUGCAAAGAGCAAAGAAGCUUACUUCACAUUGCUAUGCUGUAUCGACAAGAAAGUGUAUACCGACUAAUAUUAAACAAGGGGGAUUCAAAGAAAGUGAUGAUACAAUUGAUUGAUUUUGAGGGUAACAAUAUUCUUCACUUAGCUGGAAUGCCGGCACGACCUGAAGAAAGAUUCGGAUUGUCAACAGACCAUGUUCUAAUGCAUAGUGAGGAGAGAUGGUUUCAGUCACACAAAGAGUUGCACAAAGAAGCAGUAUCUGAAGUAAAAGAUGCGGCAAAUACUUUAGUAGUGGUAGCAACUCUUGUUAUCAGCCUAGGGAUCACCGCAGGCAUGACCAUUUCCGUUAAUGACAUUGAUGCUAUUCUUCCUUCAAGUUGGGAACCAAAAGAUGAUUCUGUCCACUUGCGGCAAACAAAGUUGGUAUUUGGGAAUAUAACACUUUUUGGCGUCUCUUGCAAUCAUGUUUACUGCUAUUGUUUCCGGUUCCAUAUUGAUCUUUGA